AUGUUCUCCGCCGCAAGGAGAACAGCCCUCACAGGCGCCGGUAGCCUGCCGCGACCUACUACUUCCGUCUUCUCAAGUCGCUUCAGUCCAUCCGCCUACCAAAGGUUACUGUCCUCCCUAGCGAUCCUCGAACAGCGGGAGGGCAAGUUGAACCACGGAUCCCUGAGCGCUGUUACCGCCGCGACGAAGAUUGGGGGUUCGAUACAUGGUUUCGUCGCGGGGAGCAACAUCAAGCCGGUUGCGGAGGAAGCUGCCAAGGUGGAGGGCGUAGAGAAGAUCAUCGCCGUGGACAACGCGGCUUAUGACAAGGGUCUGGCAGAGAACUAUGCUCCUCUGCUGGUCGAGAACAUCAAGAAGGGCGGUUACACCCACAUCAUCGCGGGGCACACGGCCUUCGGCAAGAGCCUCCUACCACGGGUGGCGGCGCUCCUCGAUUCGCAACAGAUAUCCGACAUAACCGCCAUCGAGAGCGAGAACACCUUCGUCCGACCCAUAUAUGCCGGAAACGCCAUCGCCACCGUCGAGUCGUCUGACGCGAUCAAGGUUAUCACAAUUCGGGGAACCGCCUUUGCGGCCGCAGAGGCAACAGGCGGCUCCGCCGCCGUAGAGGACGGCGUCGAUCCCAAGAUCGAGCCGACUUCCGAGUGGAUCUCGGAGAACCUGGCCACGUCGGAUCGACCGGACCUGGCGACUGCCGGCAAGGUCGUCUCGGGAGGACGGGGUCUCAAGUCCAAGGAGGAGUUCGACAGGGUCAUGCUCCCGCUCGCAGACUCCCUCGGCGCGGCUGUUGGAGCCUCCCGCGCCGCUGUAGAUAGCGGCUAUGCGGACAACAGUCUGCAGGUUGGCCAGACUGGCAAGGUCGUUGCGCCCCAGCUAUACAUGGCCGUGGGUAUCUCGGGCGCAAUCCAACAUUUGGCGGGUAUGAAGGACAGCAAGGUCAUCGCGGCUAUCAACAAGGACGCAGAUGCGCCGAUCUUCCAAGUGGCUGAUGUGGGAUUGGUCGGGGAUCUAUUUGACAAGGUCCCUGAGUUGACGGAGAAGUUGAAGAGCGCAUAG